AGGGAGUUAGGCGGAAGGAACGCUCGGAAGACGAAGCCGCGGCAGGAAGGGAUGGGGGAAUCCCUGGGGGCACAGACGCCGCCCACACAGCUGGGCGCAGCGGGAUCCCGCAGGGCAGAGGUGGGCGCCGGGGCCCGUGCCCUGGGGGCUCUGCGGCUGCGGAAUGGGCCUCUGGGGGACGAGCGCAGCCUUACCUGUCCGGGCGCUCACCUGACGGCCAGCUUGGAUGUGGCGGCGCCGCCACCUGGAUAACCGUACCCUUGAAGACCUCCCUGCCAUCCUGCCUCCCUGCUAGAGACACUGCCUGGUCCCCCUCCAUUCUCCAGCCUCCCAGCCCCCUCCUGCUGUUCCCGACAGAAUUUGAUCUACUCUAGACUCCUCCCCCCACCCCUUCCCUGCCCCCCCACCCCCUCUACCAUGCACCCCCUUCCCUUCUGCUGGUCCUGCUGCUGUCUGCUCCUCCUUUUCUUCUUGGGAGUCCAGGGGGCCCCAGUGGCUCCCAGCGCUGCCCCUGAGCAAGUUCACCUGUCUUACCCAGGUGAGCCAGGCUCCAUGACUGUAACCUGGACCACAUGGGUCCCAACCCACUCUGAAGUGCAGUUUGGAACGCAGGCAGCAGGGCCCCUGCCCCUCCGGGCCCAGGGCACCGUCAGCACCUUUGUAGACGGCGGCAUUCUCCGGCGGAAGCUCUAUAUGCACCGAGUCACGCUGCGAGGGCUGCUGCCGGGAGUUCAGUAUGUUUACCGCUGUGGAAGUUUUCAGGGUUGGAGCCGUCGUUUCCGCUUCAGGGCCCUGGAGAAUGGGCCCAACUGGAGCCCCCGUCUGGCUGUGUUUGGGGACCUGGGGGCUGAUAACCCCAAGGCCCUACCGCGGCUGCGCAGGGACACCCAGCAGGGCAUGUACGACGCUGUUCUCCACGUGGGAGACUUUGCCUACAACAUGGAUCAGGACAACGCUCGCGUCGGGGACAGGUUCAUGCGACUCAUCGAACCUGUGGCUGCCAGCCUGCCAUACAUGACAUGCCCUGGGAAUCAUGAAGAACGCUACAACUUCUCUAACUACAAGGCUCGCUUCAGCAUGCCAGGGAACACCGAAGGCCUGUGGUACAGCUGGGAUCUGGGCCCGGCACACAUUGUCUCCUUCUCCACCGAGGUAUAUUUCUUUCUCCAUUACGGCCACCACCUGGUAGAGAGACAAUUUCACUGGCUGGAGAGCGACCUCCAGAAAGCUAAUAAGAACCGGGCUGUCCGGCCAUGGAUCAUUACCAUGGGUCAUCGGCCCAUGUACUGUUCCAAUGCUGAUUUGGAUGACUGUAUAUGGCAUGAAAGCAAGGUUCGCAAAGGCCUCCUUGGCAAGUUAUUUGGGUUGGAGGAUCUAUUCUACAAAUAUGGGGUUGACCUGCAGCUGUGGGCUCAUGAACACUCAUAUGAACGGCUGUGGCCAAUUUACAACUACCAGGUAUUUAAUGGCAGCCAAGAGAUGCCCUACACCAACCCUCGAGGCCCUGUCCACAUCAUCACAGGAUCUGCUGGAUGUGAGGAACUGCUGACCCCCUUUUCCCUCUUCCGGCGGCCCUGGAGUGCCAUGCGCGUGAAAGAAUACGGGUACACUCGGCUGCACAUCCUCAAUGGGACCCACGUCCACAUCCAGCAGGUGUCUGAUGACCAGGAUGGGAAGAUUGUGGAUGAUGUCUGGGUGGUGAGACCCCUGCUGGGCCGGAGGAUGUACCUCUAGGGAUGCAGACAACUCUCAUCAGGAACCCUGGGCCUCGCUGCCUUGGCUGGUGUGACAAGACACUGCUGAGGCCAGGGUGGGGAAUCAGGGCAGGCCCCAACUCCCCUGCUCUCCUGAGACCCCAUGUGGGGUGGAUGCAACCCUGAGAGAGCUGGGGCAGCCUCCCCUCCUAGAGAGGUGUGUCGGGCUGGCUGUGACGGAAGGUGCCAGCAGAGUGUGGCAGGGCAGGUCUCGUGUGGCUCGGCCUUGCCUGCCUGCAUAGCACUGACCAGGUGGAAUAAAGAGGCUUAGAGCUGUG